AUGCAGCGAAAUUCUGUUUGCCAAAAUAAGCAAAAAUUUAUUUUGAGAUUGGUCGUUGAUCAAAGAAAAAUUCAAUCUGAAACUUCAUUGCCACGAAAAACUGAAUCUGAAUCUUCAUGCCACGAAAUUCCGUUUCCCAAAACAUCAAAACAAGAUCUUGUUGUAAAUCUAGUCGUUGAUCAAGGAAAAACUCAAUCUGAAGCUUCAUCGUUAACAGGAGUUAAUCGAAACACAAUACAAUCAAUUUUAAGAAGGUACGAUCGAACGAAUUCAACACUUCCUGGUUCUAGAGGUGGCGCUCGUCACGUUAUUUUUAAUGAAGAGAUUAGAAGAAGAAUUGAAGAGCUUAUAAACGAUAACACAACAACAACUGUAAUUGAAAUUAAAUAUGCUUUAAAUGUAAAUGUAUCAAUUAAAACUGUCUGGAGAUGGGUGACCAAUCUUGGAUACACAUAUAAAAUUACUCGACCAAUUUAUGAAAGAAGAAAUGGCAAUGAUGUAAAAAAUCUUCGUAUUGAAUAUGUUACGUGGUAUACUUCAAUCUCGCCUAUUAAUCGCUAUCGAAAUAUUGUUUUUAUUGAUGAAAGUUCAUUUAAUUUACACAUGUUUCGCAGUCAUUCAUGGGCAAGAAGAGGAGUAACACCAAACCCGAUCAUUCACCCUAGGCAACGUAACGUUUUGAUGAUAUUGGCCGUCGAUGGUUUAAAUAUUAUUCACUGCAAAGCUGUCAGUGUGUCAGUCAACACAGAUUUGUUUCAAGAAUAUAUUGAUGAAGUUGUACGAGUUUUGGGGACAGAGGAAGAAUUCACCCUGGUGAUGGAUAAUGUCAGAAUCCAUCAUAAUGUAGAGAUGAGGGCUCAGAACAUUCAAAUAAAAUAUUUGCCACCAUAUUCACCAUUCUUAAAUCCGUGUGAAAAGAUUUUUUUUUUAUCUUAA